AUGCCCGACCUACCAGAACUUUUCCGACAGGUUGACGAGGCCCAGAACGACAUUGUCGCCCUGGAACAGGCGCUGGUACGCAUCCCGUCGGUGAACACGGGAUUCAUGCCCACCGGCGACGAGACCCCCGUGUGCGAACUGGCCCGCGACUUCCUCGCCCAAGACGGCAUAGCAUCGGAGAUCCUGGAGUCGGCGCCCAACCGGGGCAACCUGAUAGCGCGCCUCGAGGGACGGUCGGGGAACGCGGGCCUGAUGUUCAUGUCUCACACCGAUGUCGUCCCGGUGGAGGACGACACGAAGUGGCGGUUCCCUCCUUUCAGCGCCACCAUCGCCGACGACCGUGUCUUCGGGCGCGGCGCGUCGGACUGUAAGGGGCUGCUCACCGCCCAGUUGAUGGCGGUCCGCAUCCUCAAGCGCAACGGGAUCGAGUUGGAGGACGGGCUGAUCCUUGCGGCCGGGGCGGACGAGGAACACGGCGGCCGGUACGGGUUCGGCUGGCUGGCCGACAAUCAUCCCGAGAAACUGGCGGCUCCCUAUGCCGUCAACGAAGGCGGUGGCACUCCUAUCCAGGCGGCAGGUGCGCUGACCUACGUGCUGGGUGUGGGAGAAAAGGGCCGCCUCCAGGUCGAAAUCGACGUCAAAGGGACCAGUUCCCAUGCGUCGACGCCCUGGCAGGGCACCAACGCCCUGUUCCGGCUCAGUCGCGCGCUGUCUUCCAUCGAAGGCUAUGACGCCGACCGCGAUACCUCCGGCGCCAUCUUCGACCACCUGUCCACCUUUGCCAUCGAGCACAAACCAUCGGCGGAGAACGUGGACGACAUCAUCGCUGAGAUUGAGACGGACAAUCCCCGUUUCGCGUCGAUGCUGCGGGCCCUGUCGCGGAUGACGCUGACGCCCACCAUGGUGCGGGGCGGGAUCAAGUCAAACAGUGUUCCCGAGUCCAUUCGCCUGACGUGCGACGUGCGAACGUUGCCUCAUCAGGAUGACGAGUACGUGCGGCAACAACUCGACGAGGUGUUGGCCGAAGUCCCGGGCAUAUCCUACGAGAUCGAUUACAUGGCGCGGCCAAACUCGUCACCCUUCGACUCGCCGCUUUCGGACAGCAUCCGGCGGGUGACCGGUCAGGCCCUGCAGCGGGACGACAUCCAGUGGGUGCCGGCGAUCAGCAACGGGUUUACCGAUUCACGCUUCACUCGUCCCCUGGGAACGGUGACCUACGGUUUUUCCGGUUCCCACCCGGACGACGACCCGAUGCUCAACUACACCCACGGCACCAACGAAUCGGUGGGCAUCAAGAGCCUGGUCAGCGGCACCAAGAUCAUGCUGGGCCUGGCGUGCGACAUGCUGGCGGUGAAGUAG